UACAAGGAUGGGGCUGCUUCGCUUAGCUUCGUUCGUGAUCUUGACCGCGCACCUUUUUGGAGUGCAUGGAUAUCUCCCGGAGUUACGUAGGAACAGACUCAGAACAGGCGACGACAAAGAACUCCCAGAUGCAAGACUCAUCGACUGUGUCAGGGGAAAGAUGAUAUUAUCUGACUUCCAUGCAACGCACACAUACACUCCGACCCAGGCACUAGUGAGAGAGAAUUUCUUCGGACGCUUCGCGUUUACGUCGCACGGCGUUCAACCUGGCGUCCUGCGCGACGGCGGUAUUGGGAGGUUCUCGAUUGUCAAAUUGAAUCAUGGCGUAUUAUUCGGAAAGACUGCAUUCGCGCUGCAGCCGUCCGCAGUUGGUGAAUACGCGUAUUGGAUGCCGCAGGGUCAGCAUAUCGAUGUGCCAAAACACCCCAGCGCCAACCAGCCACACUUCAUUUUUACACCGGAUUUCAGUGGCUGCUCCUGGACCGUGACUCCAAUGUCUAACGGCAUGAUGAGAGUAAAACACGUCGAAGGCGGUCACGAAGACGGCCAGUUCAACAAUCUUCCUACUGAGGCUAAAGGUGGCACUACAUCGUACGCCAUGCAGUUCCGAGACUAUGGAUACGUGUUCGUGAAUGGACAGCUGAUCAAGCAUUCGACGGCGUAUGCUUACAUGCAUUAUAGCACCAGCACUAGGGCAUGGACAUUACACGUGCAACACCAGACAUGCGCACCGCGACCCGGCAACCCCACGUACGUGGACGGAAAGAUCACCGCCAUGAAGAUGAACUACUUCCAACACGAAUCUUGGCAACCGAUAACGGGUACAGACUUCUGGAGAAUACCCACUGGUCGUGCUCACGAUUAUUUUGAAGCACGCCGACGUCAUCUAAAUAACCACCGUCAUUAAAAAUGUCUGGCACACAGAACACCACAACUAUGUAAUGUACCUACAGGUACUUCUUCUUUAGUGCAUCACCCUUGACACAGUGUGGUUAUAUUCAGCGUGAUGUGUCCUGAGUGACACGUAAGUGAUUUUAGAUAUGUGUAAUUGUGUACAAAAUGCGAGAUCUUCAUUUAUGCUGUUUCGUUUCUUUUUUAGGGUUCCGUAGUCAACUAGGAACCGUUAUAGUUUCGCCAUGUCUGUCUGUCCGUCCGCGGAUAAUCUCAGUAACCGUAAGCACUAGAAAACUGAAAUUUGAUACCAAUAUGUAUA